AUGGCGAAGCGCAAACAACAGGCCGCCGACGCCGACUCGGACAGCGACGAUGACAGCCACCGCAGCCUCGUGGACGUCGACUUCGAGUUCUUCGACCCCAACCCCGACAUCGACUACCUCGCACUCAAACGCCUCCUCGUGCAGCUAUUCCAGGCCGACGCUGAGUACCUCCAGAUCAAUGACUUCGCCGACCUCGUCCUCUCCCAGCCCCUUGUGGGCACUACCGUCAAGUGCGACGGCCGUGAGAGCGAUCCGUACGCGUUCCUCACCGUACUCAAUUUUCACGUACACCAGAGCCGGCCGUCCAUGAGAGCGGUCAUCGAUUAUGCACUCGCCAAGUCCUCCGCCGACCCUGCCUUCCACACCACGUUACAGGGUCUGCUCGGCCCUGCGGGCCUCUCGUCGCAGAACCACGUCGGACUCAUAUUCUCCGAGCGUCUCAUCAAUAUGCCCGUGGAGAUCGUCCCGCACAUGUAUCGCAUGCUCGCCGACGAGAUCCAGUGGGCUGUCGACGACAAUGAGCCGUAUCGCUUCACCCAUCUUCUGUUCGUCUCACGCAUAUAUCGCCUCUCGCAGGAGGAGCAGGAAGAGCGGCAGGGCACCGCACCGCGUAGCAAGCGUCAAAAGCAAGCGCCGACGUCCGCGCCGUCCACGCCUGGGUUGUACCCCUUCCAUCCUGAGGACGAAUGCAUACAAAAAUUUGCGGUGCACUCGCUGGAUUACGCGUUCCCUCAUGCACAGCCACGAGAGGACGGGCUCGACCUGGGUGGACGCAUGAUGCUCGUUCCCGCAAACCGACUACGUGACCUGGUAGCAGCCCUCGCCGAUUCCUAUCCUUCUCCAUCUUGA